UUUAUUUCCGACCCCCUUGUGUCAGUCAUGCCGAUCAUGGUUGCAUUUCAACCGUAGACGGAAGUGCACUUGCCUUGUCUCUCCUUUUCUUCGCUCCCUAACUCUGCCAUCUCUUUGACUACACUCUACCUACGACUUCAUUCCUUUCACCUUGGACUACUUCUCAUAUCUCUAUCGCGGCCUCGAAAUACCUCCUUACUUGUCAAACGCAUUUCCGGAAUGAGCAACGAAUGAGAUUUAGCGGCGCUCCGGUGUGCAACAAUAUAUGAUUAUUCUCUCUCGCGAACAACAUGCCAUCGUCUUCAAGGUCCGAUAGUUUGAAAACAGCCAAACUCGACACUGACAGCUUUGUCGACUUCGAUCACGCCGCUGCUGGACAUGACGGCGUGCGUUGCACUCCCUCUGGUUCCUUCAUCGCGAAACCUUGCACUCCCCAAGAAGUUGCAUUUUACGAAUCUAGCGCCCUCCAUCCCGCCUUUCGAGAGUUCAUUCCCACUUACAUCGGGACCUUAUCAUCUGCCGACCAGCAAGGGCCGUUAGCGCUCACUGCUGCUGCUCAGCAGAGUGGAGCUAUUGUUUUACCCACCGCGGACGACUCAUCAUCAUCCGCCACGCCGACCACCGCGGAGGCUCCGCAACUUGGGUUGAAUUCUGGAAUUGGCUCGAAUGGCGCAGAACAAAACAAAAUCUGGGUGCCCUCUGGUGGAAAAAAACUCGAAACAGGGCUGUCCAUAGUCCUGGAGAAUGUCGCGUCUGGGUUUAAACGUCCAAAUGUCCUGGAUGUGAAGCUUGGCGCGCGACUUUGGGCUGAUGACGCGCCUCCCGCGAAACGGGCCAAGCUGGAGGCUGUGGCCAAGGAGACAACCAGCGGUAGCCUUGGGUUUCGCAUUGCCGGGAUGAAGGUUUGGACCGGCGCUCAUGGGGAGACGGACGAGGGCGGCAAGACCAAUCCGUACGCCACCAAGCAUGAGGGAGCGGAGGGUGCUAAGGGCGAAGUCAUUGAAAAGGACGGCUACAAGCGCUACGACAAGUGGUACGGACGGUCUUUUAAUGAGAAGAAUGUGAAAGAAGGCUUUAAGACGUUCCUCGCCGGCGCAAAGGCCGGCCCUGUUGAUCGGUCCAAACUAAUCACCAAGAGACUUGCUGACGAGCUGAGGCGUGUGCAGUUUAUCCUGGAGUCGGAAGAGAGCAGGAUGUAUUCGUCUAGUGUUCUCAUUGUCUACGAAGGUGACCCAGAGGCCAUGGAACAAGCACUAGAAGAAGAAAAGAAACCCAGGGACAGAUCACCGGAAGAGGCCGAUGAAGAGGACGAGGAGUUUGAUUUUGCUCUGCAGGAAGAUGGCUCCUUCGAAGUUGUCAACCUCCAGGUUGGACAAGAGGGAAUACCGCAGCAGGCAAUCAAUAUCAACCUUGGUCCAGAAACGGCACAAUUAGGAGAAAUAGACUUUGAAGACGAGGAGGAAGAGGAUGAACCUCCGAAGGUGCAUGACCUCCGCCUGAUUGACUUUGCGCACGCCAGUUGGACGCCCGGUCAGGGUCCGGACGAAAACGUCCUCAUGGGAGUCCGGAGCUUAGUCAGGCUACUUGAUGAGCUUGCUAUGGAAUGAGCACGUCAAAUAAAAUUCAGGAACACGGGAUCUUUAUAUCCAACAGUCGCUGGCGGCUUCUGGAUCUGAAGAUAUUCAAGCUAUUGGUUCUGUUUAAUGCUACCAAUAUACGAUGAUAGCUUGCUUGGGGAAGAGACAUAUAACAGCUAGCAAUCACAGUCAAUGGCUAUAAUAGAUAAAAAAGAAUAGUAG